AUGGUAAAAGCUGGGACUAAACCCGUAAACGAAAACUCGUUCUGUGGCAUUCGCAAUCGUCGUAUACGCGUUGCGUUUGUGCUGCGUGUGUUGUUCGUGCUGUGUCUAGGUUCGUUACACGUGCUAAAUCUUGCCCUAGCGCCGACCAGCGGCAAAGCAGUCAAUUAUGGCAUCCGGUCAGCAGUGUCCGGUGACGGUGCUGGUGGUGCGCGAAGAUUACUAACUAUUCCGCAAAGUGAGGUAGAGCUGUUGGAUCUGCUUAACGGAACCCUUCCACCGGAGCUCACCACCAGCGUUACACCCGUGGACGGCGUAACCAACGCCACAGAUCGUACAGAGACCGAGCGUAACUGUACACCGGCCGCCAUCUUUGAAUUUCCGUCCGAUGGAUUUACGCGCGAAGAUCGUCGACACGGUUGGAUAUUGGUGCAUGUCGUUAUCGCCUGCUAUUGCUUCUGGCUGCUUGCCAUCGUGUGCGAUGACUACUUUGUUCCCGCGAUCGAGUUGAUGUGUAAAAAGCUGCAGGUAAAGGAAGAUGUAGCUGUUGCAACGUUUAUGGCAGCAGCUUCCUCGAGCCCGGAGCUGUUCAUCAACUGUGUCGGCACGUUCGUCACGAAGGGUGAUCUUGGUGUAGGUGCAGUCGUGGGAUCGGCCGUAUUUAACAUUCUAGCAGUACCAGCUGUUUGCGGACUCUUAGGCGGACAGGUUGUGCAGCUAAGAUGGUGGCCCGUGACACGAGAUUCCAUGAUGUACGGAAUGGCAGUGAUAGGUUUAAUUGCCGUCCUGUACGAUGGCCGGGUAAUGUGGUACGAGGCCACAGUUCUUGUAUCAGCAUACGUGUUCUACAUCACAGCGAUGUACUGCAACGAUACGAUCAAUCGCUUCAUGUCCAAGACUUUCCGCCGAAAAUCAUACAUCCGUCCGUACACGGAGGUAACGGAAAUUUCGCCACUCCUGUCCAAUGGAGCUAACGGAAAGGCAACACCUGCUGCCGGCAGUAAGAACGGUACCAACGGCCAACAUGCCUGCGACAGCGAUGCUAGCGAUGACAGCUUCGAAGAGUACGAGUUGGCGACCUCACCCUGGAACCAUCGGGACGACAGCCUACUGGCGUUUGUGUGCCGCUGGCCGAUCACCUUCAUACUGUGGGCAACCAUCCCCGACUGCCGACGGUAUCCCCGGUUACGGUUGGUAACAUUCUUCGCCUGCAUCUUCUGGAUUGGCAUUACGUCCUAUUUUGUCGCGUUCCUCAUCACUGUCGUCGGUGAUACGAUCGACAUACCGGACUCGGUGAUGGGGCUGACGUUCCUGGCGGCGGGCACCAGUGUGCCGGAAGCGGUGUCCAGCAUUAUCGUGACGAACCAGGGCCACGGUGAGAUGGGAAUCAGCAAUUCGAUCGGAUCGAACACAUUUGACAUUCUGCUGUGCCUUGGAUUGCCUUGGCUAAUAAAAGCAUUAGCAUUCCCGGCCGUCCCAGGCGAACGAUGGGUGACGCUCAACUCGUCCGGGCUAACCUAUUCCGCCAUCUCGCUGCUGUCGACACUGUGCGGCCUGUACAUGGCAUUUUGGUGCAAUCGCUUCAAGCUUGAUUGGAAAGUGGGUUUGACCUGCCUUUCGAUGUACAUCGGCUUUCUCACGGUAUCGAGCCUGAUUGAGCUGAAUGUGUUCUUCCCAGUGAAUCUACCCACUUGCGCCCACUGA